AUGGCGCCAACGCCGCCAGCUCCGAAUCAUGCAAACGGUCGGCCAGUACCUCGCAACAUCCAGACUGGUCGAAAUACAAUCCACGACCGCCCGACAACUGCAGACCUUAAUCGACCGUUGCCGCCCCCUCCCGUGUCGGCGUCUGCAGAAAGCUACGAGAUCCCGUCGCUACGUCGAAAACCGGUGCCCCCGUCUCCCGAACCACCUUCGACGAAGUCCAACCACGCCCGGUCAUUCAGUCAUCCCUUUCCCUCGUUGUUUGGAUCGAAAAAGUCGGACAAGAAAAACAACGUUCGCGGUGAUGGGGACAGCAAUAGUGGGAGUGGACGGCGUGACACACGUCCUGAGGAGAGUAAUAGCAAAGUCGCCAGUGCUGAGAGUGCCGCGCAUCGGGGUGGUCAAUUUGUCACUGGGAGAUGCAUCACUUGCGACUCAACCGUACGAUGGCCACACGACUUGAAGGUGUUCCGGUGUACAACUUGUCUGACAAUUAAUGAUCUCGAAGACAACACUGAAAACCGGGCCACAUCUAGUACUGCAGGACCUGGAGUGUCGCCUCCACGCAAACUUAUACCCUUGUCGCGUGAAAGAACGAGGGCGUUGAUGGAUCGAUGUCUCAGACAGUAUCUCGAAUCCUACAUCACGGAGGAUGAGGCACGUCAACAUGCCAUCACAUUUGCAGGUAACUCCCCUGAGGAAGAGUCAUUUCUGCUCGCAGGCACACCACCGGAGGGCUUAUUCUACGGCCAGUCUGACCACGACAUGCCCGCGCCAUCCCCACAACCCAAGUUGAAAGCGCGCAGCCCUUCAGAACCGACCUUGACUCCUCGGCCUCCUCCUCCUCGGCCUCAGCCACACGGUGCAGAUGUUUCGUUCAUGCGGGGCAGCUCAGCAGAACGCUCCUCGACGUCUGCCCCGAUGCGCAAUGGAUCUCGCGAUCUCACAGAGCGUGACUUACAUGGGCCUGCCAUUGAGGCCCGGACUGAUAUAUUUCGCAUGGUGGAGAACUACAUCUCGGGGUCGUUCGUCGGCUGUGCCACGCUCAACCAGUCAUUCCUCCUGCCGAAACCGCCACAGGACCAGAAGCCACGAGCUGGUUCAGAUGCACAUCAGAGGCGACAACUAUCUGAACCAACGCGCGCACCCACCUGCGAUACGGACGUCUUUCUGUCUGAACUCGACGCCAAAACUUUACUGCUUGGCGAUGUGGCUGAAAAUGGUUCAUGGUGGCUAGGUGCCUCCAACGGGAGAGCCGCGGCAAGCAGAGAUCCUUAUCAGCAUAGAGACAGGUCGCCGGAUAAAGGGCGCGGCUCGGUAACCUCGAAGAAUCCUCGAAUCAACUGGGCCGAGCUUGCUGACUGGUAUAAAUGCAUCAUCUAUGCGGGUGAUCAGUGGGAGCAGAUAUGGCGCGACAUGAAAGAAAAAUCGUCAGACGCCAAAACACAACAGCGCUGGCAAUCCGCUCCAACAGAAAAAAUACAGCGGGACAUCCUCGAAUCUCGAGGCCAUUUGCAGCGGUGCUUGCUCAAGGCGACCGAAAAUCUGCUUAAACGACCGAGACGGCCAUUGAAACACCCAGAGGACGCUCGGUUUCUGCUGAUAUUGCUGUCAAAUCCACUUCUUACCCCGACGAGGAUUGAACCUGGCAAGGUGGUAGGAAGACCGACGGACGACCGGUAUCCGGGCUCUCCAGCCAAACGUGCGACUAGCUCAGGCAGACGGCCCGGCAGUCUGGGGCAUCACUCAGGAAUUAUCAAGCGUAUCUUAGGUCUAAUGGCCAACCUUCCCAAUGACGUCCACCAUUGUCUUGUCUCAUGGUUUGCUAGGUACUCGGAUGGGCAUUUUCAACGGACAGUGGAAAUGGUAAACAGCUUUGUGACUUAUCGCCUAGCCCGGCAGCAGAAACGUCCGGUCCAAGCGCCUGUCAAUCCUACAGAGGGCCUGGUACCUAGCUUUUCGGAACCGGGCAUGCAUCAUGCUUCCCAAAUUCAUGCCGCCCUCGGUGGGAGACCUUCCUCGACCUCGGCGGGAAAAUCCGACGGCAAGCCCAAGUUGGCUUCAUACGGCGAAGAUUGGCAGAUCCGGGCUGCCGCCAGAGUCAUGGCUCUGUUGUUUCAAGCCAAUGUCGGACACAGUGGGAGGAGAAGAGACGGUCUAGGGUCUCAAGAGCAACGACUACUCGGUACUGGACAUGGACUGAAACUUACCGGGUCAUCUUAUGGCCAGAUUAUUCCGAUCAGCAGCUUUUACAACACCAUGCUGGACUAUGCGGACUUGGUUGCCGAUUUUGAGACCUGGGAAACCACCAAGAGCAAAUUCACCUUUUGUCAAUAUCCAUUCUUCCUCAGUAUAUAUGCUAAAAUCCAUAUUCUCGAACACGACGCUCGACGUCAGAUGGAGGUCAAAGCAAGAGAGGCCUUUUUCGACAGCAUCCUCAGCAGGAAAGCCGUGAGUCAAUUCUUGGUCCUCAAAGUCCGGCGGGAUUGUUUGGUCGAAGAUAGUCUUCGCAGCGUGUCGGAAGUUGUGGGAUCUGGCGGAAGUGACAUCAAGAAAGGGCUGCGGAUUGAUUUCCAGGGAGAAGAAGGCAUUGAUGCGGGUGGAAUCCGCAAAGAAUGGUUCCUGCUCCUCGUCCGAGAGAUCUUCGACCCCAACCAUGGAUUGUUUGUUUACGAUGACGACUCCGGCUAUUGCUACUUCAAUCCUUACUGUUUUGAGUCUUCGGAGCAGUUCUUCUUGGUUGGGGUCUUACUCGGUCUCGCCAUCUACAACUCGACGAUUUUGGACGUGGCGUUUCCGCCCUUUGUCUUCAAAAAGUUACUAGCCUCUGCGCCUUCCACGGGUGACAAGCUGACCUCGACGCCCAAAGUUGGCCAUGGAUUCACCUUGGAAGAUUUGGCGGAAUUCCGUCCCGCACUUGCGCGUGGGUUUAAACAGCUUCUAGAAUUCGAAGGAGAUGUAGAGGAGACUUUUUGUCGAGACUUUGUGGCCGAGAUGGAUCGCUAUGGUGAGAUUGUUCAAGUCCCACUUUGCCCGGGGGGUGAGAAACGGGCAGUGACCAAUGCAAACCGACGGGAGUUUGUGGAUCUUUACAUCCAUUACCUGUUGGAGACUUCUGUUGCGCGCCAAUACGAGCCCUUCAAACGCGGAUUCUUCACCGUGUGUGGUGGAAAUGCACUAUCACUGUUUCGACCCGAAGAGAUCGAACUCCUCGUGCGAGGCUCGGACGAGCCGCUCGACAUUGCGAGUCUCCGCGCAGUGGCUACCUACGAUGGAUGGCCCAAGAACGAAGGACCACCGGAGAAGCAAUCCCAGGUGGUGUGGUUCUGGGAUUUCUUUGCAAGGGUGUCUCCCGAGGACCAGAGGAAAAUCCUGAGCUUCAUCACUGGAAGUGAUCGCAUACCAGCCAUGGGGGCCACCAACCUCAACAUUCGCAUCCAGCUGAUCCGAAGCAAAGACGAAUUCGACGGAUUGGGCCGUCCGACGAACAAGCCGGUUGAACGGUUUCCCAUCGCCCGGACGUGUUUCAACACGCUCAGCCUGUACAGAUACAGUAGCCGGGAAAAACUAGAACACAAACUCUGGAUGGCAGUCACGGGCAGCGAGGGUUUUGGAUUGAAGUAG